AUGAAAACCUUACUAAGCAUAGUAAUACUACAAACUACAACCCUAUUUUUUGUUCAAUUAUCCGUCGCACAAAACAGCGCUAAGGACUACCUUGCCGCACACAACGCAGCUCGAGCCGCAGUCGGUGUGCCACCCUUAACAUGGGAUGAGAGAAUCGCAGCUUAUGCGCAGAAAUACGCCAAAGAAAGAGCGGCUGACUGCAAAUUGGUGCACUCAAACGCAGACAACUAUGGUGAAAAUCUGGCAGAAGGUUAUGCAUCUUAUGGGCCAUUAAGUGGUGUUGAUGGGGUGGAAUUAUGGAUUAAUGAAAAAUUAAGCUAUGAUUAUGGUACAAAUUCAUGCACAAAUGGGGAACAAUGUGGUCAUUACACACAAAUAGUAUGGAGAGAUUCAAAGCGUUUAGGGUGUGCUAGAGUUUUAUGUCAAAAUGGUGGAGCUUUUGUUACUUGUAACUAUUAUCCUCCUGGUAAUUACAUUGGAGAACGUCCUUACUAG